AUAUGCUAUAUUAUAUUACCCUUUAAAAGUAAUUUUGUCUUCUCCAGUUUCGAACCAUUGACCUCACGUUGCAGUAAAGCAGCUUAUGCUCUCUUAAUCAAUGACAACAAGAGAGUAAGAAAUGGGGCUUUGGCCUCGUGCUGUACGUAGUUUUCACCUCUGCUUUGGUUUUAUAGCAAAUGGAUUUAUCUCUCACACGUGUGGUAGCCUUAAACUGCAAUCACACAUAUCAACAUAAGCAUUUGAACAUCCAUGAUACAGUCAAUUGCUGUAACAACAGAAGGAAAAUCGUGAAUUUGUCUCUCAAAUUUGGAACUUGUGAAAUUGGUGGGCGUCGUAAGGGAUCGUUCAGGCCUUCACAAACUAAUAUGCGGGUUGUGCCCGAAAUGGAGGAGUCCACAGCAGGAGUGUCGUGUGAAGACGAUGACUUUAGCAAUGGUCACAUAUUGCCGGAGAAGAACGGAGGGCGGGAAUUGGAAACCAUGUUCCCUGCAUAUAUGCAAAGCAGGUCGGGGGAGGCGACGGCUUCGAGGGCUGCGGCGGCAGCAGCUGCCUCUGCAAAGGAACUGGAAUGCCGUGUCAAGUGUCCUGGCAAUUCGUCGGUGCUGUCGGCGCCACCCGGCUCCACUGCUAAGCCUCCCUCUGAGGGUGCCAAAAAUAUAUCCGAAUUGAUGUCAGCCGAUCCGAUUUGGGCUGCCAUGCGAGCCGAAGCGCGGUUAGAGGCAGAAAAGGAGCCCCUGCUAAGCAGUUAUUUGUAUGCAAGUAUUUUAGCUCAUUCAUGUUUUGAGCGAGCACUUGGAUUUGUUCUUGCAAAUCGUCUCCAAAAUCCAACUCUCCUGGCUACACAGUUAAUGGAUAUAUUUGAUGAUGUGUUCACAAAUGAUGCUGAUAUUCAGCAGACAAUACGAUUGGAUGUACAGGCUGUUAAGGACAGAGACCCUUCUUGCAGAUCAUAUAGCUGGGCUUUGUUGUAUCUGAAGGGUUAUCAUGCUUUACAAUCGUAUCGUGUUGCACAUGCUUUGUGGAAUCGAGGUCAACGAGUACUAGCUUUGGCUUUGCAAAGCCGCAUCAGUGAGGUCUUUGCUGUGGAUAUGCAUCCAGCUGCUCGUAUUGGCAAGGGUAUUUUACUCGAUCAUGGCACAGGCAUAGUCAUUGGUGAAACUGCUGUUAUUGGAGACAGAGUCUCAAUGUUGCAGGGUGUAACAUUGGGAGGAACUGGAAAGGAAGUUGGUGAUCGACAUCCCAAAAUUGGAAGUGGAGUUCUUAUUGGAGCUGGUGCCACAAUUUUAGGAAAUAUAACUGUUGGCAAAGGCGCUAUGGUGGCUGCAGGAUCUCUGGUUCUAAAAGAUGUCCCCCCUCAUAGUAUGGUUGCAGGUACUCCGGCAAAAGUGAUUGGCUUUUUGGAUGAACAGAAUCCAUCUCUUACUAUGAAACAUGAUGCAACCAAAGGAUUUUGCAAACUUGUGGCAGAGGAUUCACUUUAUGGUGGUGCUGGAAUAUAGGCGCCUAAAACUCUUACUAAUUGUUGGAUUAUGUGAUUGUAUUUUUAAAUUUGCAUUUUAUGGAAUACAUGUUUGUACCAUUUUAUAAAAAAAAAGAAAAAAGUUUGUAACAUUAAACACUAUACUGGUUUUUCUGCUAUGAGUUCAGUUUUCUAGAAUAUAGGCAUGCAAUCCUUCUAUUGUUCAUCAACUGAAUUUUUGCAGUAUGAGCUACUGCAUCUGCAUUGAAGAAAACUUGUAUUAUUUAUCCCAUAUUUUGUCAUCCUA